GAGAGAGAGCGCGCGCGCCCGUUGCUCUUAUUAUGGAUUGUGCACGCGCUCUCUCUCUCUUGUCGUCUCAGCUCGACUCGAACUGCGCAACUUAGCGACAGAUUCCGCGCGCGCUCGGACCGAUCAAUACUUCCGACGGAGAAAAUGCUGCAGGCAGAGUUUGAGAAGAUUGCAACGGAUAUAAAACAGCUGAAGACCAGGCCAUCCGACCAGGAGUUACUAGACCUGUAUGGCCUCUACAAGCAAGCUACUGUUGGGGACAUUAACAUUGAUGCACCUGGAAUGAUGGAUAGGAAAGGAAAAGCUAAAUGGGAUGCUUGGAAUUCCAGGAAAGGAAUAUCUACCGAUGAUGCCAUGACUGCAUACAUCGGGAUUGCCAAGGAACUCAUCAAUAAAUAUGGAAUGUGAUCAGUUUUUAUGCUUGGAAUAGAAUAACGCAUGAACCCAAAAACUGUGAAUGUGAUAAUUGCACACAUAGAUUUAAAUAGUUAAGCCUGGUAUUGGUGUCACUAAUGUCACACUGUAUUAGUCCCUUAAAGAGCAAGGAAUAAUGCUAUUGUUUUUGCAUACUACAUAAAAUAAGUUGUACAUUUAAAAAAUUGUUGUGAUUUGUGUUAUUUCUUUGAAUGAUAAUAAAACUUUUCAUACAGAGACA